UCGCUGGUUGCGUUACAUCGUCACCCCGAGAGCGCCCCAACCGCGCAUUAUAAGCGAUAAACAUAUAAUUAAAGCGAGCACCCACACCAACACAACCCCCGACGCGAAAAUCGAUCUCGAAAAAUAGCUCCCUAGCUGGCUUUCCCCGGCUUCUGCAGCAGUCGCCAUGUCUGAAGACACCGACCGUGCUUCUGCAUCGCAAAAAGAUGUGGAGGCUGCACAGCCGCCGACAGCGACGCUUGUAGAGGGUCAACAAGCGGAGGAGGAGAAGGAGAUUGAUGAAGAUUUGGUGACUUGGGACGGACCGAACGACAAGGAAAACCCCCAGAACUACUCCACGCCCCGCAAGGUCGUCAUCACACUCGUCUGGGUCUACGGCAAUCUGGUCACCACGAUCGCGAGUAGUAUUUGGAGUAGCGGUGCCAGCCUCGUCAUCGUCGAGUUCAAUACGAGUAUUGUCGUGGUGACUUUGGGUGUUAGCUUGUUUCUAUUGGGCUACGCAGUUGGUCCUCCAAUAUGGGGUCCAAUGUCGGAACGCUUCGGUCGUAAGUGGCCUAUGACCGUGGCCAUGACACUGUUCACAAUUUUUUGCGUUCCGGCUGCUGUAGGGAAGAACUUACAGACCCUCCUGGUCGCACGAUUCUUCCAGGGUGCCUUCGGAUCUGCGCCAUUAUCCCUUGCUGGUGGCGGUAUCGUUGAUAUAUGGAAUGCGGAAGCAAGGGGCGUGGCUGUCGCCGCCGCGAUCGGUACUCUUUUCGGUGCACCAAUCCUAGCCCCAAUCAUGGGCAACUUCAUUGCUGCGUCGCAUCUCGGUUGGCGGUGGACGCAAUGGCUUAGUUGUAUCAUGGGCGGUGCUUGCAUCAUACUCGUUCUGUUCGCGUUACCCGAAACCCUCGCGCCGAAGAUCCUACAGAAACGAGCGGCGAAGUUACGCAAGAGCGGCGCGAAACCGAACGCGAGAACCGAAUUCGACGAUCAGAAAUUACUAGGCGUCGCUGAUGUUGCGCGUAUAUACUUCGCGCGGCCUUUUGCGUUGCUAGCUACGGAGCCGAUAUUGGUCCUUAUGACCAUUUACCAGUCCUUUAUAUACGGUAUUCUAUACCUCGUUUUUGUGUCGUAUCCGAUCGCCUUCCGAGAAGUUCGGCAUUGGGCAUUGGGUGUUAGCGCGUUGCCAUUUCUCGGUUUGUUGGUGGGAAUCGUGCUUGGCGCCGUCCUUGUCAUAAUACACGCCAAAACCAAGUUCCUAGCGACGGUUCGGGCUAAUGGAGGCAAAGUCAUUCCCGAGCAGCGAUUACCGAUGAUGAUUGUGGGUGGCUUUUUGCUACCAAUUGGACUGUUCAUAUUCGGAUGGACAUCACAUCCCGAUACGCAUUGGGCUGGUAUGGUCGUGGGUAGCAUACCGAUAGGCAUGGGCAUGUACAUGAUCUUUGUGCUAUGCUUUAGCUACAUCGUUGAUGUCUACGCGCCCAUCGCUAAUAGUGCCGUUGGUGCAAACACAUUCGUUCGAAGCUUUUUCGGUGCGGGCUUCCCCCUAUUCGCGCCUUACAUGUACCACAACCUCGGUGUGGACUGGGCGACGAGCACACUUGCCUUCAUCGCUAUUGCUAUGAUUCCCAUACCUAUUCUUUUCUAUAAGUUCGGCCACCGCAUUCGUUCGUGGUCCAAGAACAGCGUAAAUACAGCUUAGGGUUAGAGGGUACAUACAUGAAAGGGCUUUUUGGGACAUUUUUUAAUACCAUCGGUUACGUACAUAGUAUAUGAUUUCUUGGUUGUUUAAGGGAUGGGCCGCUUGGCGGAAAGAUACCUCGGUAACGUUGGGAAUUUUACUUUGUCUAUAGCAUUGACGUACAAAUAUAUCCUCCAUCAAACCAA